AUGGGUAUAUACAGCACCCCUCACAAAAUCCGCCCUAUCUCCUCAACCAAUCCCCAGAGGACCAACCAAAGCCAGGCUCGAAUUCAGAACCACCCCGUCAACAACAACAACACUCACCCUGGUUUUCAGACACAGACACACACUUACAGCCCACUCCAGAGCGCAUCACCAACUAACCUCACUCUUGAAAAUGCGUCUCUACAUUCUCAGCUUAUCUCUCUGAGACGCGAACUCGCACGCCGAGAUGCGCCGUCAUUGAGGGAGAAAAGAGAAGACCAAGUAGUGGCUGCGAGGUCGCAAUUAUCGCCACAGUUUUACUCCAAUGUCCCUGCUCAAAUUCCCGGCCAAAACCGAUAUCAAACACCAGGUCAAACUCAAUACCAAACACAAGCACAAUCACAAGCACGUAGCCUUCCUGUAGAAACGGACCAUACCCUCCGGACUGCAAUCGAAGACCUCCACGCGUCGAUCAAGGAAUUUGCGGACGUGUAUUCACGUUCUAAUCUAGAUGCACGAGGAUCGGACUCGGGAAAGAGAAGAGAGAAGGACAAGGGACGGUUGGGAGAGAAAGAUAGAAGUAGAAGGACAGGCGGACAGGCAGAUGUAUGGACCGAGAUCCCGGCUGUAUUGAAGACAUGUUUUAGGGAGGUGGAAGUGCACAGAGAUGUCUUCGUACCUGCUAUUCUGCAAGGCACUCGCACCCAGGAUCAGAAAAUUAGGAGAGAUUCGAUGACGUAUUCUAGCUCAAGUUCGAGUUCUUCUGAGGGUAGGAGGAGAGAUGGUGGAGGAAGGCGGGAGAACAACAAUCCAUCAGCUACGCAAACACUUCUUGCAGGGCUUCUGACGAGAGAAAUCUACCUCGCGAUGUGGGACACCGCAUUUUUCUUAGCAGAUGAGCCGAAUGCUGUGAGGACGAGGUAUAAAGAGAGGAAGCGGGCUAGUAUGAACCAGAAUACUAGUUCGGGGUUGAGGAAUGGAAAGAGAGAUGAGAGGGAUGAGAGAGGCGGUAGGAGGGAUUCUAAAGACUCAAAGGAUGGGAGAAGAGGUGACGAAGUUGACACUGAAAUACGGAUGAUCACCCGGAGUACAAUUCUGGGCGAUACAUUCCGUGAUCUAUGGAAUUACUCACCCCCCUCAGCCCUCUCCUGGCGAACCCAAUACUUCUCCGCCAUAUACCAAGAACUUCUCGCCUCCUCCUACUCGAGCCAUGCCUCCCUAUCCCCUACCACAAGCACAAGCGCGAUCAACCACACUCUCUUGACCUUCACUUCGACCCUAACAUCCAGCAUCCUUAGCGGCGAACUUGCUCCUCUGAUUAAGAGAGUUUCGUCGAAAGAGGAUAUGGCUAUGCGGAAAGAGUUCUGUGCAAUUUUGGGGAGGGCAGUGGGAAUAUUUGUAAGGUUGAGGGUGUACGGUGGCGGAAGGGGGGAAAGAGUGGAGGUUGGUGAUGUGGGGGAGGGAGUGAGAGGGGGAUGGAGGGGUAGGGAGAUGGUGGAAUUGAAAGAUAUGGGGAUGGCGGUAGGUGUUGGUGGGAGGGAUUAUAAUGAGAGGUUCACGGACGGGGCGGAUGAGCUUGAGGGGAAGGGUGUUGACGUUGUGGUUAGUCCUGUGGUUUACGUUUGUGCGGAGGGCCUGAGGGGUGAGAGUGUUCGGAGGGUGCUUGUUCCUGCUGUGGUUGUUGUCGAGAAUGAGUGGUGAGUGAUGGGGGAUUUUGAACUAGAGUAGUCGAAAGGUAUUUUCGGAUUAUUCUGUUCAGAGAGUUCCCUAUCAGUUUCGAAUAAUUCAUUGAAUCAUUUUCAUGGAUUGGUCUAAUUACAUGAGUGCGAACGCUGUAUUAAUGCAAGACUUUCAGAGCUCGAAAUAAAGAGAAAUGCAGGGUAAAUGGUUGUGUAAUACUAGGAUGCGUUUGAUGUUGCUGACACAUGGCCAUACUCAAGCACAUCAUGGCUGGUCUGCUUGCGAAAGAUCAACAACGAAACUCGUCAAUCAACA